AAUCAGUCACGACUUGGUAAGCGCGCAGGCAGCACGUCGUCGUCAUCGCCAACGGGAGUCGUGUUUUCGGUUCGAUACAGAUAAAACCCACGUCGAUAGCCCUCGACCGUCGCGUAAUAUUCUUAGAAAGCAAACAGCUGAACAACUAUUUGAAGAACUGUGUGGCAAGUGAAGGGUAGUUAGUGAUACACCGGUUAUAUCGGAGUGGCCAGAAAGUGUGGUUCCGGCUGGACAAUAUGAUGGACGUAAGCAGCAUGUACGGCAACCACCCGCACCACCACCAUCCACAUGCCAAUGCCUACGACGGCUACAGCACCACCACCGCGGCGGCAGCCAACGCCAGCAGCUACUUUGCUCCGCAGCAACACCAGCACCACCUGCAGCAGCAGCAGCAGCAACAGCAUCAGCAUCAGCAAUUGCAGCAGCAGCAGCACCAGCAGCACCUCACCUACAAUGGCUACGAGAGCAGCUCCCCAGGCAACUACUAUCCGCAGCAGCAGGCGCAGCUGACACCACCGCCCACGAGCAGCCACCAGGUGGUGCAGCAGCAACAGCAUCAGCAGCAGGCGCAGCAGCAACAGCUCUAUCCGCAUUCGCAUCUCUUCAGCCCCAGUGCGGCGGAGUAUGGCAUCACCACGAGUACGACCACGGGAAAUCCGGGCACGCCGCUCCAUCCCAGUAGCCACUCUCCGUCGGACUCCUACUACGAAAGCGACUCGGUCCACUCAUACUACGCCACCGCCGCCGUGGCCACAGUUGCUCCGCCCAGCAACAGCUCACCUGUCACUGCCGCCAAUGCAAGUGCCACCAGCAACACACAACAACAGCAGCAACAGGCAGCGAUCAUCAGCUCCGAGAACGGGAUGAUGUACACCAAUCUGGACUGCAUGUAUCCCACGGCCCAGGCGCAGGCCCCGGUUCACGGAUAUGCCGGCCAGAUCGAGGAGAAGUACGCCGCCGUGCUGCACGCGAGCUAUGCACCCGGACUGGUGCUGGAGGAUCAGGAUCCAAUGAUGCAGCAGGCCACGCAGUCGCAGAUGUGGCACCACCAGCAACACCUGGCCGGCAGCUAUGCCCUGGAUGCCAUGGACUCGCUGGGAAUGCACGCCCACAUGCACCACGGCCUGCCCCACGGACACCUGGCCAACUUGGCCAGCAAUCCGCACCAGCAACAGCCACAAGUCCAGCAGCAACAACAGCAACAGCAGCCGCACCAGCAACCGCAACACCCGCAGAACCAAUCCCCAGCGGCACACCAGCAGCACCAGCAGAACUCCGUGUCGCCCAACGGUGGAAUGAAUCGCCAGCAACGCGGAGGAGUGAUCUCGCCCGGUAGCUCCACUUCCUCCUCCACCUCCGCCUCGAAUGGAGCACAUCCUGCCAGCACGCAAUCAAAGUCGCCAAAUCAUUCCAGCAGCAUCCCCACCUACAAGUGGAUGCAGCUCAAGAGGAAUGUUCCUAAGCCUCAAGGCCCCAAAACCACCGCCCACCCCCUCGCACCAGUCGGUUAAAUUUGUUAAUUUGUCCAAUGGAAAUUUAUACACACUGAUACAUUUUUGUGGGGCCUCGGAAAAUCCAAAGUAAACCCGAGGCCUAUGAGCCAAGUCCCAGAUAUACGGGCCGAAUUGAAGGCGACGGCCUGAAGUCUGAGGCUCGGCGUCUUGUCUGCACGAAUUUCCACGGCGGCCACGAAGAUUGAUGAUGACAUUAGCAUCAUUGUCGAAAAUAUUUCGUUGAGCCAGCGAAAGGACCAAAAGCAGCAACCUUUUCUUGCCAACCAACCACUUGAGAGGCAAAAUGUUUUGAAAUUUGUUUUGUUGACAUUUUAAUUUGCAAAUACUUGGUGUGUGCGAAUAUAGACAUGGCCGCGUGUGCGAACGAAUGAAGCAUUAAUUGAAUUAAAUCAUCAAAAAGUGGUGGACGGAAGAGGGGACCUGCGGGAAAGGGGCGUGGGGUUCCUGGACGGGAGGGGCCAUGUCAAGUGGAGCCACUCAGAGUGUUGACUGUCAGCCACACGCACACGAAACUGGAGUAUAUAGAAAUACAUAUGUAUUCUGGGCCAGCCCACAGUUAUUUUUUUUUUUUUUGGCAUUUGGCAGCCAUUUUCAUUCGAGCCUUUUUUCUUCCUUCUUUUCUUAGACCCUAUCAAACACCCUUAUUUUGCUCAUUUCAACGGCUCUAUAUAUGUAUGUGCGAUGUAAUCGUGUACGAAUACAAAAAGGGAAACUAUGAACAUCCACACAUUCACAUCUGCACAUGUGUUCGUGCAUUUUCGUUUGGUGAUCCGUCAUCUUGUCAGAAUGUAUUAUUCGAAUUAAGAUUUUACUUUUUUUCGCUGCUGCCAUUGAAUUGAAUUAACACAAGACCGAGAGAGCAGCUGUAGCUCGCACAAAUGAAAAUCCAACCCCCUCCAUUUUCGCCCACCCCCUGGAAUCGGUAAUUUCACUACUUACUCACUUCUAUUUCUGUGCACACCAAGCACACUCUAGUCCAAACUUAAAAAUAAAUCCCCACCAACAAUAUUCGGCCCAAAAAAAGGCUUUUAGUCGGAACUGUGGAGUUGUCACUGCUAUCGGCUGGGGAAUAAGAAAGCCACUUCAGCCAAUUAUCGCCAAAACCGGGAUAGAUAAUCUAGCAAAUAAUUGUCACACAAAAAAAGACUUAAAUGAAACAUAUCACUGGAAGUACUCAUUCUACAACAGGUGAUAGAAAUAUUUCAAAUGUAGUUAACACUGGAAAUAGGUGCAGAAAAAAGUCAUUUAAAACAAAGCCACUUUGCAUUAUAAGGUUUGUUCUCUAUAGAAGCUUCCACGUUAUAAACUAAAAACUUUUUCCACUUUGCAUGCCAUCCAAGUUCUUUCUUAAAAUUUGGUUAUAACCCUCUAGCAUAUAAUCCCAACCAUAUCACAAUCGCCUCGAUACAACAUGCCUAAUUUAAUUUUCUGCCUCAAACGCACUUCAGGUCGCCUGUGUUGGGCAAUUUCUUAUCGGUAAAAAAGUAUGUAGUACAAAUAAUGUCGACAAUUUUGAUUUUCGGGUCUAUCGGAUGGCUACCGGAAUUCAGCGUAAUCUAUAGAAUGGAAAACACAAGUAGAAUAAACAGAAAACAGUAGCCAAAACGUUGCUAUUAAGAUAACACAAAUAUGUGCAUUCGAGUAUCUGUGUAAAUAUUUAAAUCGAGUUUAGUGUUGUCUUGUGUGCGACGGCGACAUAAUUUUCCAAAAGGCAAACACACGAUUGAGAUGUUCGAUAAGCGAGGGAAAACUUCUUCCGGGCGACACGAGAGACAGUUAACAAGAUUAGGAAAAUGUGUUCGGGCGCCAGUUGAGACAUUUUCCAAUUCCAAUUCCCCACGGAGCGUUAAUAUCUGACUCAGGCAAGUCCCAUUGCUUUCGUUUUGGAUGUCUUUCGAAAACCUGGAACCCUUUGUCGAACAAUUUCCAUGUGUAUUAGACAUCGUGACUAAUAAGCCGCGGGACGUCUGCUAUGCCCAUACAAAACUUUCAAUUAAGCUGGAAAACUUUGCCUCACCUCUGUGGGGCUGUGGCGGCGGUUGUACAUUUUUUGGGGAACGAUGAUCUGUAGAUACAUUUAUGAGAAUUCGGUUUUUGUGCAUUUCACGAUUCGUGUUCGAAAUGUAGAUACCACGAUACGACUGCAUCAUCGCAUGACAUGUGGAAAAAGUCACGGGUUGACAGGCGGCCAAUAAAACUGACAGAAUGAAUGGACAUGGCUCGUGGAUUUUCGUAUUUUCGACGGGAUUAUGCCAGUUUAGUCAAGUCAGAGUCCGAUUCCGAGUCCGAGGGUCCUAACUUCGGACCUCGGAAUGCCAAAGAGUGUUGACUGUGCCUAAUUAGCUGGGUCAAUCCUCCCCCGAAAAGGGUUAUUGGCUGAGAUUGCCAACUCAAUUAGUGCUGACUGACCUCCGGUCAGUCUGACCAGCGAGUUGAACAUCUGUCCCGCCCAAGAACACUGCCUCCGUUUAUUGCAAAAUGUUACGGUCUAUAUUGGCUCUUACGCUUCCUUGCGAUGGCGGCCAUAAAUUACCCGCAGGUGAUCAAUCACUUCGUCACCAAAGCCACCGAUCGCCAGAGUUUUUGGUCAGCUUUUCGUGCACUUUUAUUGCCCCAGAUUAGAGCAGAUUCUGAAAACUUUUGCCACAUGACGUUGGCGUUGUUGUUGAUUUUGAUGUUGGUGUUGUGUUUAAUCAACAAUUAAAACAAUUUACUUUUAAUUGAAAUAUAAUUUUCUAUUUGCACUCGAGUUAAAUAUUAUUAUCAAUUGAGCCGCUGCGGCGGCCAGACGCCGUUCCACGCACUCCGUCCGUCCGACGGGCUCGGUCGCAGGCCCACUUAAUCGCCCCAAAACGGACCCCAUGUAAUGCCACCCGGCUCACAGACUGCCAGCGAAUGUGGCCGAGUGGGGAUCUCCGUAAAGUGGCAGUGGCGCCUGCAUAAUAGAAGUGAUAAUAUCAUUAUAUCAUAUCAAAAUGGCCGUUCCACGGCGGAUGACUCACGACCCGGGGAACUGUACUGUGGCGUGGAAUUCAAGGACAGAGAGUAGACUACGGCGAUUGAAAUUAUGUGGGAAAUAGAUAAAAGCUAACCUACGACGGGCAAUUCAAUAUACCAAUCAAAUAGUACAAGGUGAUCUUAUUAUAAGCCAAAAUCCGUAUUGCUUUGAUUCUUUAAGGUUUUUGUUAGAUUGGUUUGAAACCUACAUAAGUCUUUUCAUCAUUUUAUUAUAUACUCAUAUUAUUAGACGUCUUCUUUCACUAAACCUACAUUUAAAAGUCUGUGAUUUUGUUAGGCCAAAUAUUUGGAUUAUUUUCCAUGUGUAACUUUCACUAUAAAUGACUCCCUUAAUUUGGCUAGGACAAUCAAGGUUGAUGUUGGUCUUCCACGGAUUUUCCUCAAUCAACCUUUCACACGAGAACUGUGUGAUGAACGGGAAGAUAUGCGAAAGUCAACAAUCGUUUGACUGCGUUAAACCUGCAAUUGUAAUUACCGCUAGUUGAGAUGUUAUCGAGUUACAGUGACUUCGCGUGGCGCCCCACGCUGCUGCAGUUACCCCCCUUUUGCCAACCGACUCAUCCGCCCCUGCGCUAAAUUCUGCUGCAUCGACUCUGGUGUUUACAUUGAUUGUCAACAGUGUCACCUAAGCGCCAUGGUGCCAGCCAAACGUCCCACCCACCCCCUCAAGAUGGCCUUCAGCAGGGCGGGGCGGGGUGCAUGCCUCGGAGUGUCCCUACUUUCCACCGCUCCACGCGCUCCCCGCCGCACCCACCACUCCGAGCACUGAAGUGGAAGCGAUCCCCGAUAAUGCUCUCUAAAACUAAUAUUACAAAGUAGAUAUCGGUUGGCGCCGGACAAAAGCGACAGUGCCGCCAACUGGCCGCGACAUGUUUGACAACCCGAGCGACACCAGCAUCGAGCGAGGCAGCGGUGCCACUAGCGGAGGCCGUGCCACAGUGAAGCAGGAGUUGCGAAUAGGACAAGUCUUGGUGUUUUGCGCUAACAAAUAAAGUAAUAGCUGCCAAGUUAGCUUCUAUAUCGGCAGGAUUUCUGACAAAAAUAGAAAUAUUUUAUAAAGUGUAUUACAUAUAUAUCUGCUUUUUAUUCCAACUAAGCGCAUAUGCAUAGUAAAAACCAAAUAAGGUUAGUUAAGUUUAGUGGCAAUAAAAAAACAUCAAAGGUUUAAGUUUUUCCUCGAAGGAAGAAAACUUUAGCAUCACUCCCAUUCAUCCAUCUCUCCUAGAACCUAGAACAAGGAAUAGAUUUUCAUGUCCCAAAACAUGGGACG